AUGAACAGCGUAAGGGAGGCUUGCACUGACACGAAGCAUGAGUAUGACCAGUGCUUCAACUGCUGGUUUGCCGAGAAGUUCCUCAAUGGGGACCCAUGUACCGACCUCUUCAAGCAUCAGCAGUGAGUUCAGAAAGCAAUAAAGGAGGAGAUUCCUAUUGAAGGACUGGAGUUCAUGGGCCAUGGCAAAGAAAAGACUGAAAGUUCUUCUUGA